CCCCGAAUUGUGGAGCAACCCAUACACACUUUAGAGAAACCUACACUUACGCAAAAGCCUAGAGAAGAUCCAGGAAGUCAAGAAUACUCUCAGUAGUUGAGACAUCGAGUAAAUGGAUUUAUUUUUCUUGCAGUCAUCCGCAUUACACACAAAGAACCCUAUCAUGUUUGUCGUCCUGCAACCUAGACCACCUGCCAUAUUAUUACCGACGUAAUUGCUGCCCACGUUUGAGAAAUAGAAGGCAAAUAUCACGGAUACAAUGUCUUGGCACGCGAGUAUUCAUGAAUAUCAUGUUCAUGGUAGGGACGGGCAAACCCCACCAAGAUCAGGGUUAUGAGCCAGGUUUGAUCUGGCUACACGAGAAAGCAGAAAUAUGAGAGUUCGAGUGGUUUGAAGAGUACUGGUUCAGUCCAUGAGAACGCCUCCAAAGCCUCGUCUCGUGUAUAUACAGGCGCGACAAAUUAGACGAACGACCCAAAGUACUUUCUGGCCUAGUUAGGACAGGCAGCUUGAACGUGGCCUGGCUGCUUGCAAUUAUAGCAAACCCGUUCACCCUUGGCUUCAGUGGGACAAUCACGCGAGACAUGUCCAACUUCUCCACAGUUGUAACAUUUCUGACCGUGGGUGCAGUCACGAGCCAUGUGACCGAAGCCACCGCAAGAGUAGCAAGUCUGUUGACGGCCACCAUAUCCACCCCCACCCUGAGAGCAGUUCCUCGCAAUGUGGCCUACACGGCCGCACUUAUAACAUUCCUGACCACCAGUAGGACCACUGUAGCUAUCUCCCGAGGCUGCCUGAGGACAUUCACGAGAGAUAUGGCCAACACCACUGCAACGGUAGCAGGACUUCUCCUUAGGCGCUACUGUGCAUUCACGGCUAACAUGUCCCUGUCCACCACAGUUGUAACAAGUUGGGGUACCCUUCUUAGGACAGUCACGGGCCUAAAAGUCCGGGUCCGUGAGAUUAUGGUUUGAUGAAAAGUGUAUUAAAAAAAUACAUAAUCAAUGCCCUCUGCACUGGUGAUCUGGGGAGAAAUUACCUGAUGGGAAGCAUCGCCACCUAUGGUAUAGAAGAUGUUAGUUCAAUUUCUUAGUGGCUUAAAAAAAAAGGUAGGCACCGGUUUUCUGUUAGUUCCGCACUUAGACGACCAUCUUGAGGCCUUUUCCUCUUGGGCGAGGAAAUAUCAAACAGGCGCUAGCCCGAGUAAAAUGAAAACCAAGCAAGACAUGCAGUGUGAAGGGAGGGAAACCUUCUGGCUCGAAUCGCAAGGCGAGGGCACAAAAGCUAGACAUCAAAAUUGUAGCGACCGCCAGGAAAUCGAGGCCGCUACGGUAGUAAAAACUCACAGUUAAAACAUCCACGACCU